AUGUCUACAAGGAACGCGGAAGAUAUGGACGAUAAACGAUUCAUUCUCCAGAAUGACGAUAGUACUCCGGCCGUUGAGCGCGAGAAUGCGCUACCUUCUCCCUCGACGACGGAUGAGAAGGGACUCCAUCAUGACACCGUCGCCCCCGAGGCUAUUGGAGGGACGGAAGGCGAUCUCCCGGCGAAUUAUUAUCUCUCUGCGAGGUUUUUGGGGACGCUGAUUGCGACUUGUUUGGCUCAGGUGGGUUGAUGUAAGAGGACUUUUCUGCGCUGUUAAGAUGGCUGACGUUUCGGAUGUAGAUUUCUGGAUACCUUGGAUGGGUUCUACCCGCGAAUACGAUUUCACUCAUCGUUGCGGAACUUGGUGGUGGGAGUCAUUCGAUUUGGUUGGCCGUUAGUUGGCAGAUUGGAUUUACGGUUGGGUUCCUGUGGAUUGGACGGGUGAGUUGAUGAACAGCACUAGCUCUUUUUUCUGUUUGGAGACGGAACUGACCAGACGAUUGCAGUUGAGCGAUAUCUUUGGACGACGAUGGUAUGUACUGAUUGACGUCGGAAGCAGGAUGAAGCAGAAGCUAACGGGUUCGAAAGGUUCUUCAUGGGCUCAUCGAUUCUCGCGGUCUUUGGAAACAUCCUCGGAUCAUGCGCCCAGUCGAUUAACAUGCUGAGUGCUUGCAAUUGUAUCAAUGGCCUCGCGGCCGCGGGACAACUCUCAUUUUCGGUUGUUCUGGGUGAGCUGGUAUCGAAUAGGAACCGCGGUAUCUUCAACACCAUCGUGCUGUCGACUUCGGUGCCAUUUGCUGUUUUUGGACCUCCGAUAAUGCGGGUAUGUGGAUUGGCAGGAAAUGAAGGGCAGAGACGGAGGCUGACUGGGAGUGCAGGCAUUCUUCCAACACACGGCUUUGACCUUUCGAUGGAGUUACAUUCUUGGAAUCAUCGUAAACACCAUCGCCGUGGUGCUCUAUUUCUGCUUCUAUCAUCCGCCAGGCUACGAUCUCCUCCACGUGGGCGGAAAAUCGAAGCUUCAGCAACUCAUGUCUUUUGACUGGUUUGGAAUGGUCCUCUUCACUUCUGGUCUGACCGUGUUCCUCAUUGGAUUGAACUGGGGUGGCAACGUUUAUUCCUGGAGCGAUGCACACGUACUACGAGCUUUCUUCGCCGGAAUCGCCGGGAUGGUGGCCUUCUGCGUGUGGGAGGCUUAUUGUCCACAUGAGUAUCCACUGAUGCCGAUGAAGCUGUUCCGCAAUCUCAAGUAUGAUGCCAUCGUAGCCUGCGCCGCGAUUGGCGCCAUGGUGUACUAUGCCGGAACGGUUCUCUGGCCUACGAUGGCGGGCGCUCUGUUCACCACUUCCGUCAUCCACGUCGGUUGGCUGUCCUGCGCAAUGGGAGGUGGUCUGCUGAUUGGGCAGAUAUCCGCAGGUAUUGGCGUCCGAUAUCUACCCAGGAUGAAGAUCCAAAUGACCAUCGGUGGAAUUAUCAUGAUGGCCUUCAUCGCAGCCAUGGCAUCAGCGGACCCAGAUUCCGAAGGGCGAACAACAGCAUUCCUUCUCAUCGGUGCCGCCGGAGCUGGCUACGUGGAGAAUCUGACGCUUUCCACGAUGGCGUUGGUCUGGGAAGCCGAUGAUAUUGGACUCGUUGCGGGCGUGAUGGGAUGUAUCCGUACAGCGGCCGGGGCGCUGGCCACGUCGAUGUACAGCAGCAUCUUGACGACUGAGCUCACCAAGUAUCUUCCGAAAUACGUUGUCCCGGCAGCGGUGGAAGCUGGACUUCCCGCCACGAGCGUUCCCGCUCUACUAGCUGGAAUCAGCAGUGGAAGCUUCGAUGAUGUGCCUGGAAUUACUGAAAAUGUCUUGGGAGCGAUUGCAGAUCCGAUCAAACAUGCCUACACCUUGUCAUUCCGAACAGUCUUUCUGUGUACGAUACCGUUUAGCGCGAUCUUGCUGGUGGCGGGCGCGGUGUACUGCCCGAACGUGGAGGACUACAUGACGGAGGAUGUCGCGAGAAAGCUGCAGGGUGUUCGACCGAGAUCUAAAAGUGCGCGACCAAAGACAAGUGCGGUAUAA